AUAGGGAAGAAGGACAAACCACAGGUUCGUUCUUCUUCCAUGGAUGAAACUAAUCCCAUAACUGCAAGAUCACCAAAAAAGUACAGCAGUUUAGAGAAGGUUGAAGCUUGUCUGGGACGAGCUCGAGCUGCUAUAAGAGAAGCCAAACAUGGGAAUCAAACACAUGACCCAGACUACAUCCCUACAGGCCCAAUAUACUGGAAUGCCAGUGCUUUCCACAGGAGCUAUAUGGAAAUGGAAAAAAGUUUCAAGGUAUACGUCUACGAAGAAGGAGAGCCCCCAGUUUUCCACUACGGUCCAUGCAUGCACACCUAUGCAAUUGAAGGUUUUUUCAUACAGAAAAUGGAGGUCAGCUAUUUUAGGACCAGAGAUCCAGGCAAAGCCCAUGUUUAUUUUCUUCCAUUCAGUGUCACAAUGAUAACUCAAGUAAUAUAUGUGCCUGAAUCCCAUGAAUGGGGCCUCAUGAAAAACACAGCCAAAGACUAUGUCGAUGUUAUUGCUACAAAGUAUCCUUAUUGGAAUCGAAGCCUUGGGGCUGAUCACUUCAUGCUUGCUUGCCAUGAUUGGGGGCCGGAAAUUUCAUUUGCAAUCCCAUACCUAUACAAAAACUCCAUACGAGCUCUAUGCAAUGCAAACACCUCGGAAAGAUUCAACCCAUCUAGAGAUGUUUCUAUCCCAGAAAUCCAUCUCCCCACCGGCACAACAGAAGGAAUGCUAGGCGGCCUGUCCCCCUCGCAACGCUCGGUUUUAGUCUUUUUUGCCGGAGGCCUCCAUGGCCCCAUUAGGCCAAUUCUUUUGGAGCAUUGGGAAAAUAAGGACGAAGAGAUCCAGGUUCACCGCUACCUCCCAAAGGGCGUCUCGUACUACACGAUGAUGAGAAAGAGCAAAUACUGCAUUUGUCCGAGUGGUUACGAAGUUGCAAGCCCCAGAAUGGUGGAGGGACUCUACAUGGGGUGUGUCCCUGUGCUGAUCAAGGACAACUAUGUAACCCCAUUUAGUGAUGUUCUUAAUUGGAAGACGUUUUCGGUUAUUAUCCCGGUUAAGGAUAUUCCUAACCUGAAGAAGAUCCUGAUGGGUAUUCCUCAAAAGCAAUACAUAAAGAUGCAGAGGAGGGGAAUGCAAGUGAGAAGGCAUUUUGAGGUUAAUUCUCCUCCAAAGAGGUUUGAUGUGUUCCACAUGAUUCUUCAUUCAAUUUGGCUUAGAAGACUCAACAUUAGAGUUCAUGACUUUCAGUGAAUCAUUCAUCAUGACUGGUUGAUUUGUAUGAUUGGGACUUGGAUUGGUUCAGUUUGGU